CGGCCACACGCCUCAGCCCAACUGGGUACUGGUAACGGCUAGUCCGCCGCGCCACGAAACCUCCAAACCCUCGCCUCCUCUCCUCUCUACUUUCUUGCAACCAUCCAUCCUCGCCGUCUCCAAUUCCCUCGUCUCCUCCGCCCGAUGGCCUCCCACAUCCACGCCGCGGCGGCGGGGGACCUCCCCCUCACCGGGAUGCACGACCUCCGCCUGCGCCCGCGGCUUCUCCGCCGGGUGCUCGCCGAGUGCCUCCCGCUCCCGGAUCCGGCCGCGGACCUCCAGCCCACGCGCAGCCCCGCCGACCUCGCCCGCGCGCUCUCCGCCGUCCGCGAGCAGGGACUCCUCGCCGUCGAGGGCGCGGCGGACCCGGGGCUGCUCGAGGAGUGGAGCGCCGCCGUGGACGCCUGGGUCGACCGCCUCGUCGCGCUCCUCGCGAGCGACAGGGAACACAGUUGUUGGGUGGGCACUUCUUUUCUUGGUUUGACAUUUGAAGAGUGCAGUGAGGACCGCUUUGCAAACUCAUACUCUUUCUGGUUUGAGAAGAUUAUGAAAAAAAUUAAGGUCCCAUCUAGCAACAAAAUGGUAAGCAUAGCCACUUGUACUGCUAUGGCUAGUCUGUUUAUGAGAUUGGCGAAGUUUUCAAAUUUAAAGGACGAGGCAACAUUGUUAGCCCAAAAAGUUGUCCAACCAUUGCUGCGGCUGUUGGACAAGGAUGGUUCUGUUGCGGAGAAAGCAACUGACUUACUUGGUUUAAUUAUGAAACUCUUCCCAUCAUCAGUAUAUCGGCACUUCAACAAAGUUGAAUCCAUCAUUGCAGCAAAGAUUAUGAGUGGUCAAUGCAAUCUACAACAUUCAAAGAAACUUGCGAGCACUUUAGCACUAUUGCCUUGUGUCAGAGUAUCACAUAAUAGUUUGUCACUGAUGAUCCAGAAGAUAUUGGUUGUGGUCAACAAUUUGUUAAAUGGCUAUACUGGAUUUGAGUUGAUGCCACUAAUUUCACCUGGAAGUAAACCUCCACCACUGUCAGGAGGCCAGACAACCUAUGGAGAUUGGAACUUUCAUUCAGCAAAGAAAUUUUGCACAUUUGCAGUUCCUACAAUUUCAGCACUUAUACACUGCUGCUCCAUGAUGUUAACUACUUCUUAUCCAAUUCAGGUGAAUAUUCCAGUGCCUGCGGUGGUAACUUUUAUACAACGAGUGCUGCUGACAGAUGUAACAUUUCAUAAAUCAUCACUAGUACAACAAGACACCCCUUCAUGUCAUCUUUCUUUUUCUGAGAUUCUAGAACUGCAUUCAUCUUUCUUGGAUUUUCUUGGUGCCAUUAUUAAAGGAAUGCGCAGUUCACUAUUACCACAUGCUGGUAGUGUUGUAACGCUCAUAACUGAGUACUUCAAAGGAGCAAAGCUGCCUGCAGUAAGAAGAAAACUCUACACUAUUGUGCGAUUAUUGAUGAGCUCGAUGGGUGUUGGGAUGGGUAUGCACUUGCUUCAGGUGGUAGUUAGCAACAUUUCUGCUGAUCUGGAUGAUAAUUCUGGCAACAGCCUAUUCGUUAUGAGUUCAGCUCCAAUAGGAGGAAUAAAUCAGUCUUCAUUAGAAAGAUCUUCCAGCAACAAUCAGGCAUUGCAUGGGAAAAGCUCAAUUGCUGGGAGCCCUGAACCUACAUGCAUUAGAAAAUCAAUGUCUUCACUGUGUGUCAAAAUAGCAGCACUGGAAACAUUUGAAGUACUUCUGACUCUGUUUGAGUGCACAGGUGAAAUGGAUAGGUGCGGAUUGGUUUCAAUUAGGUAUUUUCGAGUUCAGAAUGAUUGUAAAUGGACUAAGCACUUUGAGGUGGUGAAUGCCAUCUUCGCUCCAGAUUCUAGAACACGCACAACCUUGGGUGGUUCAUUCAGAGCAUGCUACUGGAGGACACAAAUAGACCUGCUUCUUAUUAAUGUUGCAAGAGAGUCUUUCUGUACUAUGGGGAUGUAUGAACUAAGACCACUAUUGGCAGGAGAUCCAACUUUUUCAGACUUCCAGUUAGCCUUGUUAAAAUCUCUAUUGGCAUCCUUUCUUUCUUCUCCUGACAAUUGUCCUUAUUUAGAACGAGGUCUUGAGCUCUUCAACAAAGGGAGGCUAGAGACUGGUACCGAGCUUGCAAAAUUUUGUUCACAUGCUUUGCUGGCUUUGGAUGUCCUUGUACACCCUCGUGAACAUUGUCUACAAUAUGAUCCAAAGAUUCCUCUCAGAAGAGCAGCUCAUGGUGAUCAAGGAUCCCUGUCGAUUGCUUCAGACAAUGAAGUAUUAGAUUCCGGGAGAUGUAAGAACCUCCACUCUGCAUGUAAAAACCAAGCUACCGAGAAUUCAGGAGAUGAAGUCAAUGAAUGGCUAUUCUCUACUGACGAUGCUCCAAUUGAUGCUUUUGUGGAAGACAAUACUGCGGAGAACCAUGAAGUGAAGGAGAUGUCCAGAGAUCAUUUGGUGCAGAAGGACACUGUCAUCGGAGAACAUCAAGAAAUUGUUUUAAAUAAGUUUCAUGGGGAAUUGCUGGUUCCAACGUCCAGUAGAAUUGAUGCCGAUGUGGCUAUUGCAGGAACAAAAGGAGGAACAUACAACAGCCCUGCUGAUUACAUGGUGGGUUAUCCUACUCACUUUUUCAAUGUUGAUUCAGCUCGCAUCAGCAUAACACCACCUGAUACUCAGGAUCUUGGGGGUGCUACAUUUUCAAACAAUAAAGACGACCAGCAUGGAAGGACCAUUUCAGGUGCCGCUUCAAGUAGCCAGAAUGUGGCAAGGCACACCGCACCGAUUUGUGAUGCUUCAGGCGUGUCUGGUACUGAGUGGGACUCACUUGACCCAUUCCUGGAUAUAGGUAAUUUUGGCACUGAGACAACUUUUUCCUUGGACAUGGCUAAUCUUGAUCCAGGCUCCAAUUAGGAGGUGUCAGGUGUCAUAAAGUUCUGCCUUCCUAGAUUUAAUUAGAUAAAGAUCCAGAUUUCUAACAUAUAAUAAUGAUAUGGCUCAACAUUGUAAUAAUGGAAGUUGCAUUUGAGAUGGUGCGCGUUGGGUGAAUAUGAUGCGUGUAAGAGAUGCCAAUUUACCAACAUCACUACAGGAAGAACCAAUUGAUGAGGACAUAUUCUAUGUGUGUUAGCCUGUUAGGUGUUGGUAAUGUAGGAAACUCUUUACCUUGCUCGAUAGUAACAUCUAUCCCCUAAAUAAUUAGAUAGGUUAUUAGCCUAGAGAUGAGCUAUUAUUAGGUACUCCCACUGUCCCAUUUUAAACGUCAGCCAAUGAUUUUCCAUGUCCAACUUUAAUAGUUCGUUUUAUAUAAAAAAAUUAUGAUUAAUAUUUUUAUUGUUAUUAGAUGAUAAAAAAUGACUAGCACUUUAAGCGUGGCUUAUGUUUUUUUAAUUUUUUUAAAAAAAUUUAAAUAAGACGGACAAUUAAAUUUGGAUAUGGAAACUCAUGGUUACAUUUAAAAUAGGACGGAGGGGUAUCAUUUGUAAAGUAUCGGUUUAGGAGACAUGGUUUAUUACAAAGCCCA